AUGAUAUUAAUGGACUGCAUUGGGUGUGCCAGGCACUCAAGUCAUGCUGGACAGCCUAAGCUACCCUAAAGGAGCUUAGCAUCUAGUGGAGGAGGCCUGCAGGAAUUUGUAAGUGUUUGGGUUCGAGAUCCUAGGAUUCAGAAGGAGGACUUCUGGCAUUCUUAUAUUGACUAUGAGAUAUGUAUUCACACCAAUAGCAUGUGUUUUACAAUGAAAACAUCCUGUGUACGAAGAAGAUAUAGAGAAUUUGUGUGGCUGAGGCAGAGACUCCAAAGUAAUGCAUUACUGGUACAACUGCCAGAACUUCCAUCUAAAAACCUAUUUUUCAACAUGAACAAUCGCCAGCACGUAGAUCAACGCCGUCAGGGUUUGGAAGAUUUCCUCAGAAAGGUCCUACAGAAUGCACUUCUGCUUUCAGAUAGCAGUCUUCACCUCUUCCUGCAAAGCCAUCUGAAUUCAGAAGACAUCGAGGCAUGUGUUUCCGGGCAGACUAAGUACUCCGUGGAAGAAGCAAUUCACAAGUUUGCCUUGAUGAACAGACGUUUCCCUGAAGAAGAAGAAGAAGAAGGGAAAAAAGAAAAUGAUAUAGAUUAUGAUUCAGAAAGUUCAUCCUCCGGGGUUGGACAUAGUAGUGAUGACAGCAGUUCACACGGAUGUAAAAUGAGCACAGCUCUGCAGGAAUCCUGA